AUGCCAAAGAGGAAUAGCCCGUCGAGUGGUCGUGAAAGUGACCCAGAUAGUGGAAAAAACGACCACGUAUCAUCAGAUCAUCGACCUUCCGAGGCAAAAAGAGGUAGAGUUGCCCAGAGUAGAACUGGAGGAGUCUAUAUACCACCAUUUAAGUUAUCUCGUCUACAACGCGAGGUACAGGAAGAUGAUUCUCAAGAAUAUCAAAGACAAGAGUGGGAUAAACUCAAAAAACAUAUAAAUGGAGUAGUUAACAAGCUAACUUCCACAAAUAUACCAGACCUUAUUGGAGAAUUAUUGGAAUGUAACGUAAUCAGGGGAAGAGGAUUGCUAGCUCGUACCUGGAUCCGUGCACAGAUGGCAUCUCCAGGGUUUACGCCAAUUUAUGCCUCAUUCUUGGCUAUAGUUAACUCAAAAUUCCCAGAAGUUGGCGAACUAGUGGUUAGAAGAAUAUUGCUUCAAUUUAGAAGGGCAUAUAAAAGGAACGACCGUAUAGUAUGUCAAUCGUGUGUUAAAUGUAUAGCACAUUUGGUAAAUCAAAAGAUCGCACAUGAGGUUAUGGCACUGCAGCUCUUGGCAGUUCUUCUCACAAAUCCUACCGACGAUUCUGUUGAACUUUCUGUGAGUUUUAUUACGGAAGUUGGAGCAUCUUUGCAGGAAUCCUGCAAGCAAGGACUGGAAGGAAUAUUUGAACAUUUAAAGACAAUACUCCAAAGUGGUGACGUUGAAAAGAGGACCCAGUAUUCGAUUGAAAAGUUGUGGACCUUGAGAAGAAACAAGUUUGCAGACUUUCCUCCAAUCCAAGAAGGGCUAGAUCUUGUAGAACAGGGGGACCAAAUCACUCACGAUAUUGAUUUUCUCGACGAUAACAUAACAGCAGAUGAAGGGUUAAAUAUUUUUAGAUUUGUUCCUCCAGAGGUAUACAGGGCUGAGAAUACUAAAUGGAAGGAUAUUAAAAAUACUCUGCUAGGAAUUGAUGGUGAAGACGAUGCUGAGAGCGAUAGCAGUGAAGAUUCCGAAGCAUCACAAGAGGAUUCUGAUCAGGAUGAAUAUACCAAGACUGAAGAAUCUGGCAAAACAUUAAAGAUAUUGGAUUCGACCGAACAGGAUUUGAUAAAUUUGAGAAAAACCUUAUACUUGUGUAUAAUGUCGUCGCUGAAUUAUGAAGAGUGUGUUCACAAGCUUUUGAAGCUGAAUAUUGAACCUGGACGUGAAAUUGAGGUUUGCACAAUGUUGAUUGACUGUUGUGCAAUGGAGAGGACUUUCCAGCAAUUUUAUGCGUUACAAGCUGAAAGGCUCUCGAAAAUACAUCCACAAUAUAAUUUAUGCUUUCAGGAGUGCUUUGCAAAGCAAUAUCAACUUUCUCAUAGACUAGAAACUCCAAAACUCCGUAAUAUCGCUCGUUUUUUUACCCAUUUGUUAUACUCAGAUGCGAUUCCUUGGACUGUAUUGUCAAUAAUACAGUUGUCUGAAGAGGCUACAACAUCUAGUGGGAGGAUCUUCAUAAAGAUUAUUUUCCAGGAACUAUGUCAUCACAUGGGUUUGCAGCAGUUGGAUCGUAAGUUUCACGAUCCUGAUUUACUUCCUCAUUUGUCUGGGAUAUUUCCUAGUGAGCAUCCUAAGAAUAUCAGAUUUGCCAUCAACUUUUUUACCGCUAUUGGACUCGGUGCAAUCACCGACCGACUUCGAAAGUUACUCUAG